AUGGGCGAAGGCGUGGCAGCGAUGGCAUGCAUGACCCAUUUGACAUCUUUCGGUCCAUCUUCAAAGUGUAAUGGCAAAGGAUCAAAAGUUGGAGCUUCUAUGAAGUGCUCCGGAUGUCAAGGAACUAGUAUGAAGUUAACAAUUAGGCAACUUGGCCCAAAAAAUCUUGGAACUCUUGGCAAAAAAUGGGUUACCUUUUGGGCUUUGAGCAGAGUUAGGAAGUGCUACAGAAAUGAGAAAAAUACCUUGCUGGGACCUGAUGUUGGUGCGAUGAAAGGUGUGGUGGUCGUGGUAGGGAUCCCAAAUAGAGGUAAUUGCAGUGGGAAAGGUGUGGCGGUCAUAGCAGUAGGCGAUGGUAGCUCUAAUUUUUUGUUUGGGUGGGAAGAGUGGGGAUGGGGUGAAGAAGGAUUUGAAUAA